AUGCUGCAAACAUCCAUCACGAAAUGGCUCAGCAAGCCCAAAGCCGUCUCCCAACCCGACGCCGUCCCGCUGGAGCCGCAGCGCCCAAAGAAGCCCGAUAGCAACCCUGAGCACCCCGCGAAACCAAUCACGGACACGGCAGCCGACGAUGGAGCCACCAUCACGCCCACCGCUCCAGCCGCAGUCCUCGCGCACGGCAGCGGCAGCGGCAGCGGCAGCGGCAGCGCUACUGCAUCGGGCAGCGCACCCGCCCACGGUUCACCACCACCUCCAACAACAAGCAUAAGAACGACGACGCUCGCGCCCCUCGCCCCGAACAUCACCCUCGCGCCCCUCACCAGCGCCACCCUCCCCUCCUUCCGCCGCCUCAACACCCUCCUCCUCGAGAUCCCCUACCCCACCAAAUUCUACGACGAGAUCCUCACCGACCCCACCACCGCCUCCAUCACCCUCGCCGCCUUCUGGCGCAACACCCCCACCUCCACCUCCACCGCACCGAACCAAAAAACCCCCUCCCCAGGCAUCCUCAUCGCCGGCAUCCGGUGCCGCCUCCUCUCCCCCAGCGCCUCCCCCCUACAAACCGCACCCCCAACCACCACCACCACCAGCACCACCCAAACCCAAACCCAGCCCCCAGCCCCCCAGCACCACCUUCCCAAACCACAACCACACCUCUACAUCGCCACCCUCUCCACCCUCUCCCCCUACCGCUCCCACGGCCUCGCCACGCACCUGCUCGCCGACGUCGUCGCCACCGCCGCCCGCCGCCACGGCGUCGCCGCCGUGUGCGCGCACGUGUGGGUCGCCAACGAGGACGGGCUGGCGUGGUACCGCCGGCGCGGGUUCGACGUGGCGAGGAGGGAGGAGGGCUACUAUCGGCGGCUGCGGCCGAGCGCGGCGUGGGUGGUGUGGAGGAGGGUCGGGGUGGGGGAUUGGUUAGUGGGGGGAGUGGGGGGAGUGGGUGCUGUUGCUGGGAAGGAGGAUGUGGAGGGGGCUGCUGGGGCUGCUGGGGCUGCGGAGGGGGAGGAAGGGGAGGAGGGGAAAGAAGAGGGGGAAGAAACGGAGGAGGAGGAAGGGGAGGGGGACGGGGAGGGUGAGGGGAUGGGAGGGGUGGAGAGUGCUGCUGGUGCUGGUGCUGGUGCUGGCCUGAUAGGGAAGGACGGAUGUAAAGAAAUAGCUGGGUGA